CCUGCUUGUAAAAAUGUCAGAGAAAGAGUCUAAAAUGGAAGACCUUGAAGAAGAAAUUGGAAGGUUAAGUAUACUAAGCAAUUCUGAAUUUUCUCGUAAUAAUGAGAUAUCAAAAUCAGUCAAAGAAGAUCGACCUCAGAGCAAAUUUAAAAAGACAAAGAACGAAACACAGAAUGAUGAUUCUGAGUAUGACGAAUUAAUGGAACAAAUAUAUCCCGGUCAAGAAGCAGGAACUCAUUUGGAGACUAAUGAAAAACUUGUAGAUCAAGAAGAAGAAUCUCAACCCAAAGAUAAUACCCCAACUCCAGCAAUAAUUAGUGCUGUUAAGAUGGUAGAGGCACAAGCCAGACUAGAUAGAGCUCUAACGAAGAGAAAAUAAACAACAGCUUUCUCAGAAAAGCCUUCCUUGAUUUGAUAGUAAAGCAUCUAGCAGAAGAGUAAAUCAAAUAAAAGAAGAGGAUCGCAGCUAUAGAAGUUAUCGAAGCAAUCAAUCUAGGUUCAAGAGCAAUGUUUCUAGAGAAAUAUCUCAUAUGGCUUCAAUCGAAGAGGAUAUUAUUCACGAAAAAGACUUAGUUAUAGAAGAACCUAAAGGAAAUGCUAGAAAAUCUAUAGUAACUGCUGCUAAUAAUAACCAAAUUGAGUUAUCAAUUUCUGAAUCUGAAUCUUAUUCCAGUACGCCAAAAAUCAACUCGAUAAUUGUUGGUAGACGUUUCAAGUGCAUUUUCAGAGCUCAUAAUAAGAAUAAACUCCGAUGGGAUUUAUAUAUCAUGCUCUUGGCUACUCUAAAUUGCUUUCAAGUCCCUUAUACGCUUGCUUUUGAGGAAGAUGGAAAUGAGCCACUUUAUAUAUCAAUUCUCAAUUGGUUUCUUGAUCUUUCAUUUAUGGUUGAUCUUAUCAUAGGCUUUAGAAGUGCCUAUGUCAACGAGAAAACAGGAAAAGAAAUAGUUGAAGCUAAAAGAAUUGCACUCCAAUACUUAAAAGGAAGAUUUAUAAUAGACCUACUAGCUUCUAUCCCAUUUGAUAUUUUCAUCCUCAUCUUUUUUAGAGGGAAAUCAGGAGGUUCUGGUUUGCAGCUCUUUAGUCUCUUGAAACUUGUUAGAGUGCUCAGGCUCUCUAAACUAAUCACAUUUAUGAACUUACAAGAUGAUAUGAAAAUGUCUUUAAAACUUGCUAAACUUGUAUUUUUCUUAAUACUUUAUCUGCACUGAGUUGCUUGACUCUGGUUUUAUAUUGUAAGACAAAAUGACAUAUGGGUUCCUCCUCUUGAUGAAAUCAGACAUUCAGAGGACUUCUUCUUCAAAAGUAACUUUGACCAAUACUGUAUAUCCCUGUAUUAUUCAAUUUUGACACUUGCAGGAAACGAUCUGUUUCCUCAAACCACAAUGCAAGUGUGAUUUGCCAUGUUCUUAGUCUUCGCAGGUGCCAUCAUUAAUGCAAAUAUUUUCGGUAAUAUUGCGGUUCUACUUCAACAAAUUAACAGAAAGGCUGCUAAUUUCCAAGAGAAACUUGAUUAUGCAAACUCAGCAAUGAAGUCACUCGGCAUUGAAGAGGAGUUACAGAAGAAAAUUCAGCUGUACUUGAUGUCCACACAAGAUUCUUUAGACCUUCAAGAAGAACUCAAUAUAUUUUUGAGAAUGCUUACUCCAAGCUUGAAAUUAAAAGUGACACACCAUAUAUUCAUUGAAGCUAUUUCGAAUAACCCAGUGUUUCAUGGUGAAGAGGAAGCCAUUGAAAUCAUGAUAAAAUCUAUGAACUUGCUGUUGUUCUAUCCUGAGCAAGAAAUUGUGAAGCAAGGAGAGCCAGGAUACAAGUUUUAUUUCAUUGCCCAAGGCCAAUGAGAUGUGUUCAUUAACGAUGAAUAUAGUUCUCCAAUCUACACUAAAACCCUGGAUACUGGUGAUUACUUUGGAGAAGUAGCCAUUAUCAAAAAUUGCAAAAGAACUGCAACAAUCAAAAGUCAAAGCUUUUCAACAUGCUCUUCACUAGAAUAUCAAGCUUUCUUAACAUUUCUCGAACAAUUUCCGAUUCUCAAAACUAACUUCUCUAAAAGAAUGAAGACUAUUUACAACGAUCACUGGAGGAAAUUCACUAGAAAAUGUUUAAGGAACGUUGACUAUUUAAAAUAACGGAAUCAGCGAUGAAAUCCUUGACGAAAUUUCCUACACUCUAGAAACAUCAAAUCUUUCAGCAGGUUAUCAGUUGAUAAAGGCUGGCACUAUCUGUAAUGAAAUCAUCUUGAUCUGCUGUGGAAAAAUGGAAGUAUCCAUAAGUAAUAUGUCCGGCUCCAACUCUUACAUUGAUACCCUAUCCUCUUGAAGUACAAUAGGAUCUUAUAGUGCUCUUUCAGCUGAAGAUCAUAUGAUAAACACCAACUGAAAUACUAGUUGAAAGAUCCUGAUUCUCAGAUUCGAGGUAGUAGAAAAAUUUAGAGAAGAAUACGAAGAACUUGAUGUUAAUCUUCAAAAGCAUGAAGAUUACAUUGAAGAAUAUGGAAUCCCAUACUGAGACUUCCAUAUAUACAGGGAAACAGAUGAUGUUGCAACUCCACUCAUGAAAUUCCAGCAAGGGAUACUAAGGAUUAUGAGAAUCAUUAAAGCAUAUAAAACAAGCAGACUGACAGAUCUCUUAGGAAUCAUCCAAAAGGAUAUACAAAAAUAGAAGGAAAGAUAAACUUAAGAGAAAACAAAAACUUUUGUUAAGAAACCUAUCAAAUCAUGAACAGAUGUCUCAAGAAGCAAUUCACAGUAAACUGAACGAGAAAAUGGACUACAUAAUCUCAAAAGUAGUUGAGACUGGCAAAAAGUGAUGAAAAUGAAAUUGAGAAGACCAAAAUAAUGACCUAAAAACUGAAAAAUAAAGAGGAGAGCAACAACCAAAUCAGAUCCCAAAGAAAUCCAUCUCCAGAGCCAGUCCACAGUCUGAAAAAGGCCGUGACGAAUGCGAUUAAUGGGAAUGGGAAGAUAAAUUCUGCCCUAGAGACUACCUCAAAUAGAGAUAAGCAAAAUAUAUUAGAUCAAGAUACAAAUCCCAAAAUAAACCUUUCAGUGAUUGGAGAAAAUAAAGAACUGCAGUCUUUUAAAACUUUACAAGACGAACAUAACUUGAUGCAUCAAAAUUCUCAUAUGGGCACUGGGCAUUUUAAUACAAACUUAAGAAACAGAAAUGACAGAAGACAUGGAUUGAUAGGACCAUUGAAUAGAAAACCAACUAGCUUAGCCUUCCAAUUGAAAGGAAUGAAAACAAUGAAUCCAUUUUAA